GGAGCGUAAGCCCCGCCUCCGCAAAUCCUAUCGGUUGUUUCUUCGUUCCUCCGGUGCCAGCGUGAACGCCGAUUGGCUGUCGGAGGUGCCAAUAAUGAAUCAGGUCAAAGGAAGGCUUCGCGGCAAGCAGGAUAGGAAACCCAAUGGUGCAGUUUAUCCAUUGGAUCAGAAGUGCCAGUUUUCUUCGUAAUUUGCACAGAAGUUCUGAAUUGGGACAAGCUUCAGUAUUUUUGUUCCCUUCUGAGAGACGAAGUGCAGAAUUGGUUUCUAACAGGCAAUACUCAGAUAUUCAAUCACUGCCUCUGUUGGUUGAUAAUAACAUGGCUUCAGGACAGCAGCCAUCAUCUAGAUCAUCUUUUCAUCCGCAAACUUACCACAAUUUUUUGGUUUUGGAUUUUGAAGCAACGUGUGAUAAACAAAUGAUAAAGCCUCAGGAAAUUAUAGAAUUCCCAAUCUUAAAACUACAUGGAAGGACACUGGAAAUUGAGUCUGUGUUUCAUACGUACGUUCAACCAGUUGUGCAUCCAGAGCUUACAUCUUUUUGUACAGAGCUCACAGGGAUUGUGCAAUCCAUGGUGGAUGGGAAACCAACAUUACAUCAAGCCCUUCAGAUGGUUGAUGACUGGAUGCGAAAAGAAGGUUUGCUGGAUCCUAAAAUCAAUUCCAUCUUUGUAACCUGUGGAGAUUGGGAUUUAAAAACAAUGCUGCCAGGACAAUGCCAGUACUUGGGUCUGUCAGUUCCUGAUUACUUCAAGAAGUGGAUUAAUCUCAAAAAGGCAUACAGCUUUGCGAUGAGAAAUUAUCCAAAGAACGGACUACCAUUUAUGAUCAAAGGGUUGAAUUUGCAACAUAUUGGCAAACUACAUAGUGGGAUUGAUGACUGCAAGAACAUUGCCAACAUAAUGAAGGAACUGGCACGAAGAGGGUUCACUUUCAAACAAACUGGAUCAAACCUCUGAGCAUGCAGAAGAAAAAAACAUGUCUUCCUGCUUUGAAAAAGCCUACAAGGAUAUAUGGUAAAAGUAGUUAAGCCAUGAAUGGCAUGCAAUUAGUUGUCAUCAAAAAUAAUCUAGUUCAGUUAUACCAGCAUGAGCCAGUUUAACUAUAUUAAGGUGUUCCUUGUUUCAUAAAGUGGACAAUUCUGUUGCUGAUUGACUAGUAAAACAUGCUUUCUAUUUUUUUAUUGAAAAUUGAAGUUCAUUUCUAGCUUGAAGGGGAAGAUUAUUUUUCUGAAUUGUCAAAAAUCCUAAACUGUAUAAAGGAAAAUACUUGUACUCUUAACCAUGUCUCAAUUUCCUAUUUUAGCUUGUUUGGGCUUUAAAAUUCUGGGUUAUAACUUGCAGAGAAAGAUUUAUUGGCCUAAUAUCUGUUAUAUCAGAAGAAAAUUAGUCAUGAAGGCCUACCACUACAGCCCCAUCUCAACCUAGAGUUUUCUCCCUUACGCUGGCAGGAUUAGUGUCACAGCUACGCUGCAUGUAAAUGGCAGCAGGGAGAUUGGGCCAAAAACCCACAAGAUCACCCCAAAGGACCACCAGGAGAGGGAUGAGAUAAUCCCUGUUGCUUUGACAAAAAGCCUACUAGCUCAAUGAUUGAAGAAAUGGGGCCUAGUAGUGGCCUCCACAGAGGGCCCAAAUAUUCACCUCCCUAAAGACUUCAUUCCAGUUUUAAGUCUAGCCAGGUCUUCAAAUUAUCUGUGCUGCCUUUCAUAUCAGUAUCCUCUCCAUGGUGCGACAAUGGAUUUCUUACUGCAGCACCACCACAUCGUCCUCUGACAGUUGCAGGCUCGAACUUUGUGAUGGUGAUUCUACUAGCAAUCCACCCUAGAUGAUACUAAAAACAGUGGCCUAGUUUCUAUUGUGCAUUCUGGUAACAAAACAUGAGUGCAUUAUUUAUAAUUGCAUUUAUGGUUUCACUAUACACUGUAGAUAAAGAAAGUGUUCCUUGUUCCCAUCUGAUAUUACAAAUUUCCAUUUGAAUGUACUUAAAUUUCCCUUUAUAUCAUCUAAGGAUUUUGUGAGAAUUCACUGUAAAACAUUUCCCUUUUAAAGUAUUUGAUUGUUUUAUGUCAUAUCUCACCUUUUCCAGUGAGUUUGUUUUUAUUUUACUUACUUAUUCAACUGUUUUUCAAGUGAUAAGAAAAAAAUUACUUGUAGCCAGCAUGUUGGUGGGUUUCCCAAAUUAAAGUACUGAAUUUUGUAUGAAAAUUCAGGCGGAAGAUGCAUUUCAAGAGAAAUGUUUUGAAUUAUGGGGAAAGAGAAAGAGAUAGUUAAAGGAAAAGCAACAGCAAAUAGCUGGUGACUUGUCUGUCUGCUCCUGAUUGGUAGUUACCUGUAAAGGGAGAGGCAGUCCUUAGUUCAGUCUUAAUCUUCAAUCAAGUUUAAUUAUUCCUUUGCUAAAACUAUGUACUGACUGAACCUUAUCAUGUAAAACUUUUUGUCACAAUAAAAUGGUGUCCUGAAAUGCAA